CAGGCCUCCGUGUUUGGUUGGCGGUUACUUAUUGCUUGUCGUCCUAUCGUGGGACGUAGGAUCGUAACACGUUGUUGGCAGCAGCAGCAGCUACUUCAUCUUCCGUCUUGUCUUCUGAGCUGGAGUAGUGUGAUGGAUGAGCGCUGCUCAACGAGCUGGUGGAGAGACAGGCAGGUUCACAAUACUGGUGGUGUCAUUGAGAAGUACACAGCUCCUUGUACUGAGAACCGUGUUUGGUGAGGUUACGCUUACACUUAGGGCGUGGAGAAACUAUCUACAGGUUGUCAGUAUCAAGAAAGUGAGGGUUGAUGGCAUAAUCUCACUCGCAGUACAUUACCAGAGGAACUGGGGAAGGAACUGGGGAGUAAUUGUAUGGGGUAGCAUCACUAUAAAUCCAGCAGCUCCCUCACCGGCUUCUCCAGCAGCCAAAGUAUGGAUAUGGUACGCCGCAGCACUACUAUCGGUCCCCAUCAAUGACCUUCACAACUGUGGUACCUAUGCUACGCUAACCAAGCCACAGUACGCGCACAAUACUCCUACACCUCUGUCUCAAUGUUACUUGACAGUAAGUUGCUGUCAAUUGACUCCCACACCAUCACCACACCCCAACAACAUUGUUGGCCAAUAAGACUGCUCCAUUUGGGUACCCAUAUGUACUAUUUCACCCUCCAAGGGGGGUCGCUCAACAUAUGCAAACCACAAUAGUCGAAAAUAAACAAAGACAAAAAACCUUUUCCCCUUGGGUAAAUCUGAGCAAAGCCGAAGGUAAGAGCACACUUCAGCAUCAUGCUGAGAUGAUUGAAAAGUGUACCCUCUUCCAAUCGCACAGUCUCGUGUGCUGUCGAAUAGUUCUCACUCUCAGUCUCCAACAAGCAUAUAUACCCAAAAAUGCCAAGGUCAGCAAUCUAGAGGGCAUGUGGUCUGUCAUGAUGUUCCGGGUACCUCACUUAGCACUUAUGACAUCUUGGAUCUGCCGCCACUAGGCCUGAACCGUCCUAGUUUCCUCACAGUGGUUUCCUCCACACAAACCGUAG